AUGGCAAUAAAAACAAUAGAAACAAAAUUUAAUAAACAACAAAAAUCAACAAAAAACUUCAAAAUAAUUAAUAAAAUAAAACCUCAAUUCUACUUUUUAAUUAUUAUCUUAUUUUCUAUUUCAAUUUUGGAAGCUUUUCCAACAAAAGAAAAGGGGGAAAGAAGGAAAGAAUUAAGGGAAAAAGAAGAAAAAAAGCAAAAAGAUUUAAUUUGUAAUGUUGGAGAUGAACAUGAAUGUGUUUGUAAUGUUUCUAUGGGAAAUUUGGAUUCUUCUAAUAUUCCGAAUUGUAAUGAAUUUAUUGGAGGCAAAAGUCUUGAUGCAGUCAAAAUUAUUGUUCGUGAUUUUAAUUUAACUGCCUUAUUACGUACUAAUGAAACACAUGAGCAAUACUUAAGACGAAGAAUUUCACAAGUAUUGAACCGUUAUUGUGAAACGGUACCUGAUGAAUGUCCUGGUACUUUGGCGGAAUUAAGAAGUCAAAGAGUGAAAUUAGAAACAAGUUCAAGAGAAUUGGACAAUUUAAAUGAUCGAACACCGUUAAUAAUCGACGAUGGCGGUCCUUCUUUAACACGUGAAAAUAUUGUUAUUCUUCGAGUUAUUUACCUUCCAGGAAGAGUCAGAACACAAAUUUCAUUUGUUGUUUUAAAAAUUGCAAAUACUUUUGGUGGUAUUAAUUCAUCAUUAACAUUACCACCAAAAACAAUUAAAUAUAUACUUUCGGCACAAACUGCACCACUUCCACGUGUAUUAGGUGGAGUGAAAAUAGAACAAAUUGCUAUUGAAACAUUAAAAAAGAAGAGACCACCAAUUGAUCAUAAUUAUUGCUGUCAUAGCUAUUUUAAUGACAAUUUGUUGUACUAUAGCAGUCGCCAAAGUAAUUUAGUGAGUUUUAAUAAUAAAAAUAAAUAUAUAGAAAAAUAUUUAAAAAAAAAUUUAAGCGAUAUAUCAAAAACUCGUUGCCGUCAAAAAACAUCCAAAAGCAACGGAACUACAACUCCCUCAACAGAAAAUCAAAAGAAAAAAAGUAGCAGUUCAAGAAAUUAUGGAACAUGUACUGAUAGAUUAUUUGCUUCAACAUCUUCAAAUAAUAAUAGAGAAGAUGAUGGACAAUUAACAAGUGGACAACGUUCAGCAGAAUCAAAAUCUUUAAGAAGUAGUAGAAGAGAAUCAAAUUCUUUAAAAAGAUUAUGGAGGAAAAGAGGAAGUAGUAGUGGAGAAAAAAUUAAAAAAAUAUCAAAAACUUCUGGGAUUGAGAUAGAAAAUAAUAAAAUUAAAGAUGAUGAAGAAAAUAAAAUGGAAUUAGAUGAAGAAGCUAUUUCUGCCUCUUCUCGUUCAGUUACUGCAUAUCAAAAUAGUUUUAUGUGUGAUCACUCACAACUUCCAAGAGAAGACAGCCGUUUUGAUGAUGAAGACUUUAAUGAUGGUUGUGGUGGAGGAGAUUUUGAAAUUAUAGAUAUGAGUAGACGUAGAAGACAAUCCUCUUUACUAUCAAAUCCAAACAAUAAACAAAGAAUGGAACAAAAAAGGCAUAGUCUUCUUCUUUCCCCAAAUAAUAUUCGUUCACCUCUUUCAUCUGAUGAUGACCAACAACAAAGAAUGACUUUCCGGUUUUCACCAAAAACAAAAACUCCAACAACAACGCCUACAAGAAAAACAUCAAAUAAACGCUUCUCAUUUUCUGGAAAUACUGGAGUAACAAUAAAUACAAACAUUCCAAGUGUUGUUUUGUUGGAUGAAGGAACAACAAAUACUGUUGAACAUUCAUCAAAUGUGCCUAAACAUACAACUAUGGAUAUUUUUAGGAAUAAACCAAAUGGAGGUGAAUUCCUCUUAACUGCUUCCUCUGAUUUACAUGAAAGGCCUCAAUCCAGAUUAGGUCAACAACAACAACAUCCCUUUGAUAGACCACUUUCUAGAAGGGGAAGUAGAGACGAUAAACAUGAGGAAGGGGAAGAAGAAACUUUUAAUGAUACAAGGGAAGAUACUCCAGUACCUUUAGGUGAUGAUCAACAAACAAUAAUUGUAAAUCCAUUAGCAGCAGUAACCCCCAAAAAUCAAUUGUUGGAUGCUCUCAAAAAUAAGGUUCGAAGAUAUUUUAAAAGAUAAAUAGAAAAACAAAUACAGUGAGAAAUUAACAGUUAUCAGAUACGAGUCAGGGAAAAGAAGUUUUUGAUUAAAAAAAGUCCAGAA